AUGCUCUUCUCACUGGCAUUCCUGAGUGCCCUGUCGCUGGCCACGGCAUCACCGGCUGGACGGGCCAAGAACACUACGACAUACGACUACAUCGUUGUGGGAGGCGGCACAAGUGGUCUUGUGGUCGCAAAUCGCCUUUCUGAGAACCCCGAUGUCUCCGUUCUUCUGCUUGAGGCCGGUGCUUCUGUGUUCAACAACCCGGACGUAACCAACGCUAACGGUUAUGGAUUGGCCUUUGGCUCGGCCAUCGACUGGCAGUACCAGUCUAUUAACCAAAGCUAUGCAGGAGGUAAACAGCAAGUUCUGCGUGCUGGUAAGGCCCUUGGAGGAACCAGUACAAUCAAUGGAAUGGCCUAUACCCGCGCAGAGGAUGUCCAGAUUGACGUUUGGCAGAAACUUGGAAACGAAGGUUGGACGUGGAAAGAUCUCCUACCAUACUACCUGAAGAGUGAAAACUUGACGGCCCCUACCAGCUCUCAGGUUGCUGCUGGCGCUGCUUAUAACCCUGCCGUGAAUGGAAAAGAAGGUCCUCUCAAGGUCGGCUGGUCGGGAAGCCUGGCCUCCGGUAAUCUGUCAGUUGCUCUGAACCGUACGUUCCAAGCCAUGGAGGAUGUCAAUGGAGGCAAGAUGCGUGGCUUCAACAUCUACCCAUCCACCCUCGACGUUGACCUCAAUGUCCGCGAAGAUGCAGCCCGGGCAUACUACUUCCCUUAUGAUGACAGGAAGAACCUUCACCUGCUGGAGAACACCACUGCCAACCGCCUUUUCUGGAAGAACGGCUCUGCUGAGGAAGCUAUUGCGGAUGGUGUCGAGAUCACCUCCGCUGAUGGCAAGGUCACUCGUGUGCAUGCAAAGAAAGAGGUCAUCAUCUCUGCUGGUGCCCUGCGGUCUCCUCUCAUUCUCGAGCUUUCAGGAGUUGGAAACCCAACCAUCCUCAAAAAGAACAACAUAACCCCACGUGUCGAUCUCCCCACCGUUGGGGAGAACCUCCAAGACCAGUUCAACAACGGCAUGGCUGGCGAAGGAUACGGCGUCCUUGCCGGUGCCUCAACCGUGACCUACCCUUCCAUCUCCGACGUCUUCGGUAACGAGACUGACUCUAUCGUUGCAUCUCUCCGAUCUCAACUCUCCGACUACGCCGCCGCGACCGUCAAGGUCAGCAACGGCCACAUGAAGCAGGAGGACCUUGAGCGCCUCUACCAGCUCCAAUUUGACCUCAUCGUCAAGGACAAGGUCCCUAUCGCCGAGAUCCUCUUCCACCCCGGUGGUGGAAACGCCGUGUCCUCCGAAUUCUGGGGCUUGCUUCCCUUCGCCCGUGGCAACAUCCACAUUAGCUCCAAUGACCCGACUGCUCCCGCCGCCAUCAACCCUAACUACUUUAUGUUCGAAUGGGACGGCAAGAGCCAGGCCGGUAUCGCCAAGUACAUCAGGAAGAUUCUCCGCAGCGCACCAUUGAACAAACUUAUUGCGAAGGAAACCAAGCCCGGUCUCUCUGAGAUUCCGGCCACUGCUGCGGAUGAGAAGUGGGUUGAAUGGCUCAAGGCUAACUAUCGUUCCAACUUCCACCCCGUCGGAACUGCUGCCAUGAUGCCUCGUUCCAUUGGUGGCGUUGUUGAUAACCGUCUCCGGGUCUAUGGUACCAGCAAUGUUCGCGUCGUAGAUGCGUCUGUCCUGCCCUUCCAGGUUUGCGGCCACUUGGUUAGCACGCUUUAUGCCGUUGCCGAGCGCGCUUCCGACUUGAUUAAGGAGGAUGCGAAGAGUGCUUAG